AUGGCCGACUCUAAGUUGAGGUACUGCCGACUUUGCAACGGACCCUGUGACGGCUGCAGCACUUGCCUGCGGAACUCUGAUCGGUUCAACCCGUCCACUAAUACGAUCUCCACUAAUACGAUCAAGACGGCCUUGGAGAAGAAGGGCGCUUUCACCAGCUCCGAGUUCCAAACCAUUUCAUCGGACCCGCCGGAGAUCUCCGUCCGCGAUGGCGACAGGGGUACCAAGGUGGAUGUGAGGCUGAAAUCUAUGCGCUUCAUCCCCGAGUACCGUGAUCCCUCAUCACCACAGCGCAAGAGGCUCGAGAAAGCUGCCAGGGACGAGAUCAUCAGGUCCUUUAGUUUGCCAAGGGGUAGGGUGAGGGAUACUGAUAUUGAAGUUGACAUAAGGGAGGGAUCAGUACAGAUCCUCAUAGUAUUGAAUGCCUCAAUUAUCGCCAUUGCCGCUAUUACAAUUGGUGGCUUGUGUUAUGCCGACGCUACAGAAAAAGAGGCAACAAAACAGGAAUUGAAAACUGACCAGGAUGACCUGGAUGACCCGCCGUAUUAUAAAUGCAGAUACAAUACAAUACAUGUACAAUAUGAGAGGCCAGUUCCAGUUGUUCGCUAUGCCCCCUCUAAUAGUAACACGGCACAGGAUAUAAAAACCGUGGGGUCAGGGGCAACUGGGGCGGUUAUGGGAGCCACCGCUGGUUCGGUGCUUGGCCCAGUGGGAAUGGGCAUAGGAGCCGCAAUUGGCUUCGUUGGUGGGGCACUUUUUGGAAAGCAUGGUCUUUAA